AAAAUGUCUAGAGGAAAACCAAUUCUAAAUAUGCUAAAUGCCGAUGGUAAGUAAAAUCAUAAUUUAUUUUCCACUGGUAGUGGUAGAAUAUUUUUACUGUAAUCUAAAAUUAUCCAGUUGUUUCUGUAUGUAUAAUGUGUACACAGAAUAAAUAAAAUAAAUGGGAUAUUGUUUUACAGAUGAACAAGAGAAUGUUCGUAUAUAUUGUUCAGAUAAGGAAACUGUAUUAGAAAAUUGCAAUAAAAGAUGUACAAAUGCUGACAAUUACUUGGAAGGGAUUAUACCAAUGCAGAAAACCUUUCCUUCUGAGCAACAUGCCCGAGAUGAGUCUGAGAUGUCCUACGCCAGUAGCGUUGCUGCAUCACUUCCAGAUGAAAUUCAGGAUCUAUUAGAUUUUUCAUCAGAUGAUAGUAUUGCAGAUCCAAAUUUUGUCCCUGCGCAGGAUGAAAAAUAUGAUAGCUUUGCCGCGGACAGCGAUAUAGUAGAAAGAAAAAAAAGAAGAGCCAAUUCAGAAGAAGAUAUAAAUAAUACUGCAGUAGACAAAUAUAACUUAGACGGGCAAGUCCACGAGAAAGUUAAAAAACGCACGAACAAAGAAACGAGAAAAAUGAGACAAGAGAGACGAGAAAAACGAAAUUUUGGUAAGGCGUAUGUUACAAGAACUGGAAAAGAGAUUAAAGAAAAAACUAUGCAAGAACUGAAAUUAUGUAGAAAUAAGUGCAAGGAAAAAAUAAAGGACGAAGUUCGCUUGCAACUUUUUAAAGAAUUCUGGGAAAUGGGAAGCUACAAUCGUAGGUUAGAAUAUAUAGCUGCUCUCAUGGAUGUUAAAGAGAAGAGUUCUAUGCGAAUUAGGUGUUCUGACCCAAGCAAACAACGGUACCGACAGCAUACCAUAAUUUAUCAUUUCCCUCUUCAUGGCGUUCGUUCUGUUGCUUGCAAGGACUGUUUUAUGAAAACUUAUAAUAUUAGUAAGAAAUUCAUAGAAGUUAUAGUAGCGAAAAAAUGUUCUCAAAUAUCAGGCGUAAUGACAUUAGACCAACGAGGAUAUCAUGAAAAUCGGAAGAAGGUAUCAGAUGAUGAAAAAAUAAGGGCAAGGGAUCACAUUUUAUCUAUCCCCUUAUAUGAAAGUCACUAUACAAGAAGGCAGUCAUCGAGGAAAUAUUUACCUUCAAACUACACACUCACUGCUAUUUAUGAAGCUUACAAAAAGAUUUACCCAGAUAAUUUUAUUAAUCGUAAAAUGUACGAAAACAUAUUUCACAGCCUUAACAUCACUAUAAAGAAACCUAAGAAAGACACAUGCGGUAAAUGUGACAAAUUAAAAAUGAAAAUUACUAUGUGCAAGAAUGAGGAUGAAAUAAAACUACUAAAAGAAGAGUUAAACGAACACCAUUUACAAGCUGAUCAAGGAUAUAAAAACAAAGAAGACGAUAAAUUUCUGACUAAGGAUAAUGCUAAAAUGAAAACUAUUACUUUUGAUCUCCAGCAAUGCCUGCCAAUACCAGACCUCCACAGUAGUGAGUCGUUUUACAAGAGGCAAUUGUGGACAUUUAAUCUUACAGUUCACGACUGUGAUAACUCACAAGCCCACUGCUAUUUAUGGCAUGAAUCUUUAGCAAAACGGGGCGGAAAUGAAAUUAGUUCCUGCCUAUAUCAAUACCUAACAAAAGAUUUAGAUCCUAAAGUUGAACACGUAAUAAUGUAUUCAGACUGCUGUCCUGGCCAGAAUAAGAACAGGUUCAUAACAGCAGCUUGUUUAACUGCUUUACAAUGCUCUGCAAAUUUAAAAAUUAUUGAACACAAGUUUUUAAUACCAGGCCAUACACAUAUGGAGUGCGAUACGGAUCAUAGUUUAAUAGAAAAAAAGAAGAAAAAAUUUAGUAGUCAAAUAGAACAUCCACAUGAUUGGGCUCAACUAAUUCGGCAAGUAGGGAGCAAACGUCAAUUUUUAGUUACAGAAAUGCAGCGCUCUGCGUUUCUUAAUUUUGGUGGCUUAUUUAAUUCUGUAUUAGUUAACCGCAAAACUGAUACUCAAAAUAACAAGAUAAACUGGAGACAAUAUCGUUGGUUACGGUAUGAAAAAUCUAACCAGUUUCAAUACAAGUUGUCCUUUGACAAAGAAGAACCUUUUAAGACCGUAGAUUUAGAAAAGAGGGGAAAAGCGGCUAUAAAUUUAUUACCCAAGGAGGCAUAUAACAAGCCUGUGCCGAUAACGAUAGAAAAGAAAAAGCACCUGAUGGACUUACUGCCGUAUAUAUCAGAAUCACUGUGGGACUUUUACAAAAAUCUACCCACAGAUAAAGACUUAGCUGAUGUGCUCCCGGAUUCAUCAACUUCUGACGACGAUUAAAAGUUUGAAGUAUCUUGUAGCUAGAUUUGUAUGCAUAAGUAAUUUAUGUUUAAUGUUUUUAGUACAUAAAUAUAAUGUAGCACUUAAGUAAGCUUGUAUUAACGUAAUAAAAUUUUCCAUUAUCCUGUGUUAUCGUUAUUAUGUUCAACUACAAAGGGGGUAAGUCAUAUGAGUAUUUGUGAAA